AAAUAUUCGAGCUCAGUGGUCUGAACAUGUCUCGAAGGCACGCAUGGUGAGAUGAGCCCAGUGGUUCUCCAAGCUAUUUUUCCUCCGUGUUUGGAGUUCAGCGAAAUCUGAUGCUGCCACCGUCAGACGAGCUGGCUCUCGGAAACGGUGUGAAUCUGUCUAUCCUCGCAACAGACAGCGAGGUGUAUUGAGGAAGAGUGACAUAGGGUGAGCCGUGAAAUGAAUUUUUUUUGUACAAAAAGAAGAUUGAGAGUAGGGAAUAACCGAAGGGAGAUGAGAGUGUGAACUGUGAGGGUUUGGUGAGCAGAGCUGGAUAAGUAGCUAGCAAAGGCAGAUCUAAGGAACAGAAAGAGAGGAAGACAGAGAGAGAGCGAGAGAGAGUGGUGGUGUUGCGACGCUUCCUGGUGAUGGGAACACGGGUGCAGUGCAGAGCUUUACUGCGGCAAUGCUAGGAUACACAAACAUAUCCAAGUACUUCUCGGCAACCGGAGCCUGUGAGCUUGUGCUUGUACCAUACGAUUGGCACACACCUAGUACGAGAUGGCGAGCUUGGGGAGAGGUUACGGUGGUUCCAAUGUCACGCUUGUGCGAAACGAGAGCUCGAACGAUACCUUCGUUGCCAUGCUUACAUCUUGUUCUCCUGUAACACUUCAAGUUCAACGCGCAGAUGGAAGCCUAGAGGAUGCAGUGACCAGUUUUGAUAAGAAGCGUCCCUUCUGUGCCGCGUUUGAAGCGUCCGGUGAAGAUCCAGCAGAAGAGGAAAUUGGCGAUGACUUCACACAACAAGUGGAGAAGAAGAGAAGACUGACCUUCGAUCAGGUCAGGUCACUGGAGUACAACUUCGAGAUUGAGAAUAAACUCGAGCCCGAGAGAAAAAUGCAGCUCGCGAAAGAGCUUGGACUCCAGCCCAGGCAAGUGGCUGUGUGGUUUCAGAACCGCCGCGCACGCUGGAAAACGAAGCAGCUGGAACGCGAUUAUGAGGUUCUCAACCUGGACUACAACCGGCUGAAGAAGGAAUUCGAUGCUGUGAUUCAAGAGAAGCAAGAGCUCCAGGACGCGGUUAAGACUCUGAAAGAGAAGUCGCCAAUGCCACAACCAAGCCCAGCCGGGAAUCCACAAGAGAAGCUUAAGAAACCGAAAACGGCGACGCAGCCUUCUCCUCCGCGGACCUCCGAGGCACCUGUAAAGUUGGAACGGACAAGUGCUGCGCACAAAGCCAGGAAUGGUGACCUGACGCGGCCGCAUGUGGGAGCAGGUUUGAGGGUGACAUUUAGCUCCGACAGCCUUUCAAGCGAAAUAUUGAACGCAGACAGCCCUCACACAACGUCGGACAGUGUCUCCCUCCCCUCUCUAGAUCAGAUCACUACCGAUGGCCUUAUUUCUGGGAAUUCCAUGGUGGACUCCAGCAUCAUGGACAUGAGUGACAGCAUUUGCGACCAAAUUCUCUCACCGCUAGCUUGCCAGCGCGUGUCUGUGAAGCUCGAGGAGGGUUCGUGCCAAGAUGAUUCAUGUAAUUACAUUUUAUCACACCUGUACGAGGAAAAGUGUGUGCCCUGGUGGGACUGGCCUUGAGCUCUGAUUCAUUACGCAAGCUUUGGGAGGAGAGUCUUUCUGACCAAGGUUAGUUUUCUCAAUUCCUCAAGCACCGUAGCUAAUUGCAUCACCCUCGCCACGGCUCUGGUUUCGGUUCAGAUGCGCAAACCCUCGCGCUUCCACCCACUGCAGCUCAUUUUUUUCGUGUCUACGAGCCUAUGACUACCACGCCGAGUGCUUUCAAGUCGAACUGAUCACGUGACACCGAUUUCUCACUGUGAACACGGACAUUAGACUCCAGAGAAAUAUUACAAUGGCUCAUGCUGUUGAUGUCACUUCCAUAUUGCUAGAAGAGAGGUCUGAUAUGACGUGAGAACAGGCCAAGUAAUUUUUUUACUCUACUCUUAGAAGUAUAGAUAUGAAACAAACGUCCUUUGACUGUAAUGAGCGAGCUCAGAAUUUGUUCAUGGCUGCACCGACUCAAGGAGGGCUCACGCAUUCUAAGCUUGUUCAAUGUUAAUAUUUGUACUCUUGAAACAAACUCCUCGUACCUGAGUCUUCAAAGAUA